CCCGCCGUUGCGUGCGCCGUUUUUGUCAGUUGUUAUGAUGGCUGUGUUGCACAACUUACCUUUCUAAACUACACUAUUUGAGAAUCGUGAUAUUUUUUAUUAAUUUUUACGAUUCCGGCUCAAAAGAAAUCCACUACCUCAAUAAUUAAAAGUACGAUAACGAAAACUUCACGGACUCGAUGAAUUGUAAGUGAUUUUUUUCAACUUUUAUUCGCCGCAUUUCGAGGUUAUGUUACGUCUUGUACGGUGUCGAUCAAAAGUUACGUAAUUGUAUAGCGGUGUUCAAGGAUGGUAGAGCAAGUAAACAAUGAAAUAAUUAAGUAUGAAGAUAUUAAAGAUGUAGUUAAUGACCCGGUUCAGUUGCGCACACUUACAGAGAAAUUAAUUAAUUCGAUGAUCGAUCAAGUUACUUUAGGGAUAUUGUUCGAUGCCCAUCGGAAACAUUACACAAAAACUUUUAAUUUAGAUAGGGAUAAAUCGCCUGAGAAAAUGGAACCUUUACCUUCGCACGUCGACAUCUUUGGGAAUCACAAUUUAAAGAAAACGGAAGACUGUGUUUGUCCAAUUUGUGAUAGACAAGUUGCUGCAUUAAGAUUUGCCCCACACUUGGAAAGUUGUAUGGGAAUGGGACGAAGUCGUUCAAGAAACGUACGAAGGGUCACUAAUAAUAAUAAAGAACGUGAAAACUCAACAUUUUCCGGAUUAGGAAGUGACGAUGAGGACGACGCGGAUUGGAAUUCGAACGAGAAACGUAGUCGGAAGAAAAAAGAUCGAAACGGAAGUAAAAAAGGAAAAGGUACACCAAAGAAGAACAACGAAACGGAAUCUUCGGAUACCGUGGAUAUCGAAGGGGAAGAAGACGGCGAUAUGAUUUCGCUAAGAGACAUGCUUCAAGACCAUUCCAAUGGAUCGUCACCGAGUGAUUCAUCCUCAAGUUCCAGAAAGCGGGAGAAAUCGAAAAAUAAAAAAAGUAAACGAGAUAGGACUUCGCCUAGUGUUAAUCUGUUAAACGCUGACUAACAUAACAACAACAAAUUCAUUUUUUUCAUCAAACAUUAUCUUCAAUAUAAGGCGAUGUUUUUUUU